GCAGCAGCAGCAGCCAGGGGAGGGUUGGCGACGGCUGCUAGCGGAUGCAGAGGGCGCAGCUGCCGCCGCCGCCGCUGCUGCUGCUGCUGCCGGCGGUGGCGGCGCCGGUGGGAAUGGUGGCCAGGGCGUUGGUGGCGCGGUGGGUAUCCGGAACGAGGACGGCGUGGGGCUUGACGAUGAUGAAGAGUCGGACGAGGAUGAGGAUUGGGAUGAGGAGGACGAUGGCGAGGACGAGGAGGAGGAGGGCGUACCGGGGCUGGAGGGCGACGAGGCGGCAGCUGCGGGAAUCCGCCUAGUGAUGCGCGACCAGGACUUCAGCCCCAACGUGCUGCGGGGCACCUGGGAGCGCCGACCCGAGCACCGCCGCUUCCUGGCACGAGCCAGGAGCAACCUCCGUGUGCUGGCCUUCCUGACCGGCCUCACGGCCCUGGCCGCCCUCAACGCCUCCUGGGUGCCGCUCUACCUGGAGGGGCAGGCGGCGGGGGCACCCAACACCCCCGCUCUGGCGGUGGCGGCGCGGCAUGCGGGGCAGUGGCGGACCUGGCGGGAGGCUGCUGCUAACGGCACGUUGGCGGGCACGACUGGCAUGAACAGCAGCAAUAGCAGUAACGCCAACGUUACCCGUACUGUAGAAACGGCAGCCUCGCGCUCCUCUUUGCCGCUUAGUAGUAGCAGCUUUGCUGCCCUAGAACUAGCGCUAAAGCAGCUACGGCAUGCCGCCACCACCACAGCUCCAAGCCAAAACAGCAGCCAUGACCCGGUAGCGUUCACCCUAGCUCCGCUGCCCGCCCUUACCACCACCACCACCGCCAAUACCACCACCAACUCAACUAGUAACACGGACCAAAUAGCAGGGCUGUUGCAACAGCAGCAAGAGCAGCGGCAGGAGGGUCACCAGCACCAACAGGAGCAGCAGCAGGAGCACCUUCUGCGGCGGGUCAUCCUGGACCUGCUCUCCCAGCAACUGCCCCAGGAGCCGCCGCAGCUGGUGGCAGUGGUGGCGCAGCGGCUGGAGGCGUGGACUGUGCGCAAGGGCUGCGGCUGGGGGCGCCAAAAGCAGCAGCAGCAGGAGCAGAGGCAGGUGGCCGAACAGCGGCAGAAGCAACGGGAGCAGCUGCAGCGAGAGGAGCGGGGGGCAGGGGAGGCUGCCGCUGCCGUCGCUGCCGCUGCCGCUGACCCCGUUGUUGUUGGCAGUGGUGCUGAGGGUGGUGGGGGUGUGGAGGUGGGUUCGAGUGUUGAGCUGGAUUUUGCGGCGUACUGGCACAACGUGGAGAAGCACGCGACGGAGCUGCGGAGGAUGCAGGACCCCGAGCACCGCUCGCUGAUACCGCUGGUGGAGUCCGCGCUGGCCAUCAUGCGCCUCUCCUGCGAAAAGUACUUUGUGCUGAUCGCCAUCUACCUGACCUUCCUCAUCUUCAGGGACGCACCCCGCCCCGCACGCGUUUUGCUCAAGGUUGUUUCCCACGUGUGCACCACCUUCCAAAGGGUGAUCCUGCUGGCCUUCCCCGCUGUCUGCUGGCUUUACAAUGCGGGCCUGCUGUUCUCGCUGUUCGUGUCGGUGGUGUUCUGGGGCGGCCCGCUGCUGUCGCUGUAUGACAAGUUGCGGUCGGCGCUGCGGGAGGUGAGCAUCAAGUCCCUGACUCCAGCCACCGCUGAGCAGAUAGAGCGCAUGGGCGGGAACUGCGCCAUCUGUUGGAAUGAGCUGGCCCCUCCGCGGUCACAACGGCAGCAGAAGCAACACAGGCAACAGCAACAACAGCGGGAGGAACGAGGCGUCAACAUCGAUGAUGGCACGCAUGCGGCUGCGGCUGCAGGUGCCAGCGGCAGCGGCAGUAGGGGGUCACCUAGCCCCGCCGUUGCAGCCACAGCCAUGGGGCGACGGAGCUCGACUGAAGUACCAGCCCAGCGGGGCCCUCCAGAAGAAGCCUCCGCUGCUGCUGCUGCUCAUGCAGUUGCCGGAGCAGCGGCGGAGGCAGCGGCAGCAGGAAGAGCACCUGAGGCAGCGGCAGCAGCAGCAGCGGCGGUGGAGGGCCAUGCUGCCGAGGCGGGGUGCGGAAUCGCACCGCAGCAGCAGCAGCCGGUGGCAGCAGGCGACGUGGGCGCUGCUGGGUCUCCCUCAGCACGUGCUCCUGGAAGCCAGCAUGGGGCGACAGCAUCGGCGACAGCAGCAGCAGCGGGUUGCUGUGGGCAUGGCAGGCAUGGUGUGGUGAGGAGCCCCGCUGCUGCGGGGAGCAGCGGGAACACGGAAGCUGCCGCGGCCGGAUUGCGGCGGGGUAGCGCUGAUGAAGGUCGGAGUGGAAAAGACGGUGGCAGGAUGAAUGGGCGCGGUGACAGCGGGAGCGGGAGCAGUGGCAGAGCUCCAUCAAUGUCAGCGCAACCUGCAGCCACGGCGGUAGAAGAAGCCAAGAAGGAAGGUACGGAUGGCGCGGAUGGUGUUGCACCGCCGCAGGCGGCAGCAGCAGCGGCGGCGGAGCCGCCGCCACCGCCGCCGGAUUCGUCGGAAGCCCACACCGGCAGCACAUCCGCUGCUGCCGCCGCCGGCUGGGCGCUUCCCUGCGGCCAUGCCUACCACCACGCGUGCCUCAUGCAGUGGGUCGCGCAAUGCGGGUCCACCGGGGCCACUCCCACCUGCCCCAUGUGCCAGCGGAACAUCCAGCUGCAGGUGCGCUGGCGCCUGCCGCGCUGGCGUGGCGCCGGCGGGGACGACAACGGAGCGACCGCGGUGCUAAACCUCGCCGCGCGCCGCCGUGGCGGCGGCGGCGCAGGCCGCUUCCGCCCGCCGGCUCCUGGCGGCGGCGACGGCGGAGGUAUCGGCGACAUCUUCGUCGCAGCCGAGCGCGUCGCGGAUAACAUAGCCGUCGACGCCGCUGCUGUGCGUGAUGCUGCUGAUCGGCUGCGGGCGGCGCUAGAAGUGGGCGGCGACAACGAGGCGGAGCUGCGUGAAGCAAUUCACGCGUUGGGUGCGGGUCGGGGCCUGGGGUUUGAGGAGUUGAAUCGGGAGCUUGAUGGGCUGGUGCAGCGGAUGCGGGAGUUGCAGGAGGCGCAAGGGCGCAGGCAGGGGCAAGGCCAGGGUGUUGGGCGGGUGCAGCCGCCACCGCAGCAGCAGCAUCCGCCCUUGCAGCCGCAGCAGCAGCAUGCAGAGCCGCCGGCACAACAGCAAGAGCAGCAGCAACUGCAGCGGCCGGAGCAGCAGGGUGUGUCUCGAAGGGAAACGGCAGGAGGGGACGCGGCUCAGCCACCGGAGCAGUCGAGUGUGCAGCAGCCCCCGGCAUGUCUGUUGCAUGGUGUGGAUGAGGAGAAGGAGGAGGAGGAGGAACGCUGCUGUCAGGCAGGUGACAGACGGGAGGGGGCAGCAGCGGCGGCGGCAACGGGGUCGGCGCCGAGGGUAAUGCGGACGUCAGACGAGGCAGCUGCUCUCGGAGGCGGAGGCCCGAGCUGUAGCAACAGAAGCGGCAGCAGUGGCAGCACCGCCGGACAGGGUUCCCAAGGUUUAGGCGUUGGCGGAGGGUCUGCAGCCGCCGUUGUUAGGGGUGGCGCUGGGGGUGGUUAUGCCGAGGCGGGCGACGGCGAUGAUGGCGGUUACGACAACGACGACGGUGGCGGCGGCGAAUGGAACAGCCCGGAAGGUCCUGCGGCAUCAACAGCAGCAGGACUGGCGGGGACGGUCGGGCCUGCAACAGAGCCGCACAAGCCGCGCCGGCGCUUCUUGUUCUUCGGGCGGAGGCGGCAUCAGUAACACCGGGGGUCGCAUGCAUGACUGCCGGCUGGAGGCGUGAGGUGCUGUCGGUGUGUUUGCUGUAGACAGGGCGCCUCUCCUGCCUGCACGUGUUCUCACAUGUGGUCAUGUGAGAAACCUGUUGACGAUGGAAAUCGACAUAUGAUACAGUGGGCGGCUUAAAGCGACCCGUGGGUCCCUACAUGGUUGGGUCGUCAUUUUGAGGGUUUCAGGAGGGGUAAGGAAGGCGUUUGACGUAUGGAGUUCUGUCGAGUCUUUGACUCCGCGACGGUUGGACAAGGCACCAACUGAUAGAGCUCUGACGCUGAAGCGCACUGUCCCGCACUCCUGCUAGCAGCGGUAUGCAUGUGGCAUGGAGGCUUGCUGCGGUUGGUUGACCGGUGCAGGAAACUGAAAGGGAGGCCGAAUUCGGUCGAGCGUUGAGGAGGGGAGGAUGAGGCGAGGCAGGGAGGAACUAAAGGAGCGGGGGAGAAGGCCGCAACCCGAGCACUGUAUAGUCUGUAUCGGACCGUUGGGCAGCACGCCUGCAUGCGCCGGUGGGCUAGUUGUGUCCCCGUCCGUGUUUUUCCUUUUUGGAUCUGCAUGGAAGUGCAGAUCUCCUUAAUUACUCAACCUCUGCGUCCUUACAAAAGUCUGCUCCGUCUUCUUUCGCUGAUUUUUUGGAGUUUGCAGCAGUCUGCAGUUGAGGCUGUCAUUCUUUUGUCAAAAUGGUCGCUCUUUGGGACGUUUGGUAGUGUCUAAAGUCGGCCUUCCCUUAAGCUGAGUAAUAGCGUGUUAACAAAGCAAAAUAACGCACAUCAGCUAGGAAGUAACGUAACGAUGCAGCUAUGGACGGUUUGCGUUGCACUAUGCUUUGCUCGCAUCUAAGGGCUUGGCCUUAGGGAAAGACGUGGUGAAGCAGCUACUGGUAUGCCCGCUGGGAGUUGGGAAAUGUCGUACGAUGGGAGAGACUUGCUCAUGUGGCUGAACUGAACGCACUUAUGUGCCAGGACAACCGGAGGGAUGCCACUACUAGGGUUGCAGCGCUGAGUUUCUGUGGCGUUGUGCCGUAUGUGGUAGGGCCUAGGAGACAUGCGUGGGUACGAUGACUGUUGAAAUUUCGUACUCAAAUGUGCAAAGGUCUUUAGCUGUGACUGCUCGAUAUUUGACGUGCAAACGGAGGCUGCGCCGCAUCCAAGCACCGUACCCAACCCAACAGAAUGAAUUACGC